UUCCUCCCUGUCCCUCUCGCCCUUCCUCGCCCUUCCUUUUAUCUUUAUCCUCUCUCUCCCUCUUCCUCUCCAACUCCGAAACCAAAAGUAAAAAGAUAAAACUAGCCAUUUGCCACGGCCUCCCAUCCAGGUUCGCCGCCCACGACGCCAUCCAGCACCGCAAGCUGCUCUGGCACGGCACCAACGUGGCGGUGGUGGCGGCGAUCCUGAAGGCCGGGCUCAGGAUCAUGCCCCACUCGGGCGGUCGAGUCGGCAGGGGCAUCUACUUCGCCUCGGAACACGCCAAGAGCUCUUAUUAUGUUGGCUAUCAUUACGGUACUUACGAAGGCGAGAGUAACGUGGGCUUCAUGUUCCUGGUCGAGGUUGCUUUAGGGAAGGAGAACAACAUCAUGCAGGAUGACUGUUCUCUGACGCAGGCUCCCAAAGGCUACGAGAGCGUGGUGGCAAGAGGAAAGACCGAACCAGACCCGAAGAAGAACAAGAAACUGGUCUUCGAAGGGAAGGACGUCAUCGUACCUGUGGGGAAGCCUGUUCCUCAGAAGGAGUGGGCUCGAAGUAGCUUCUCCCAGAGCGAGUACCUUGUUUACAAAGAGAGUCAGGCGCGCAUCAGAUAUCUCCUCAAGUUUUCGUUCAAGUAGACCAUCAGUGAACAUUUCUCUUCGUUAGCAUUCCCGGCAAAUGUAUGUUUUGGGAAUUAAUGAACAUUUUGAUUUUGCAUAUGUGAAUAAGAUUUUUUUUUUAUUGUUAUUAUUAUCAUGAAUAUUUUUAUUAUUAUUAUUAUUAUUAUUGAGGUUGUUCUACACUACAUGAAACACUUGUGUUAAGAUUUUGAAAAUCAGUUCAAAGUUUAAAUAAUAAAGGCCUUUUUUCAAUGUUAGCUUUGUUGUAUGUAAAUUUACAAUCGCAUAUUUUGUUUACUACAUUUUACAAUAAAGUAUAUAUGUAUAAAAA